AUGUCUCAAUUAAAAUUACUGAUGUGGAAAAAUUUCCUUCAACAAAUUCGAUCGCCAAUAUUUACUACAUUAGAAUUUAUUGUUCCAUUAUUAUUAAUUGGUAUUACAUUUGGCUUAAUGAUUGCGCUACGACAUAAAUAUGAACUUUCACAUCCAUCAACAACAUAUAAACCAUGGAUAAUUCAAGGAUCAAUUAUUGAUUUAAUUAUACCACCUGAUUUCUCACAAAUAUUUGUUGAUACCAUUGUUGAUACACAAUAUAUAAUAAGUGGUAAAACAAUUAAUGAUGAUUGUAUAUUUUUGAAUAUAACAAGACAGUCAAAUGAUAGUAAUAUUCUAGCAAAUAUUGGUUUGGAAAUUGUUUACACACCAACUAAUCCUGCGAUUGAUGAAAUUAUGCAAAUUAUUCAGGAACGAUAUACCACUUCGGAUAUAUUUGAACAAUUAGAAAAUGAUGUAUUAUUUGGAGAGCUUGAUAUCAUGAAAAAAAUUGAUCCAAAUAUGAUGAUUAAAAUAUCUUCUACAACAAAACUUACACCUAAAAAAAAUGAGGAAGAAUUGGUAAAGUAUAUUAUGAGUUCAUUGUCAGAAGUACGAUGCAACAAUCCGAUCAUUGGUGGUAUUGUUUUUGAUGAAAAUUUUGCUAAUUCUGUCAAUUCAACCGAUACAAUUAGUUAUUCAAUUCGAUUAUCAAAUACCAAACGUCGUUAUCAGCCAUUAUUAAGUACUUUAUUACCAUGGAAUACUGAAAUUAAAUUCGCUGUACCAAUUCGUAUUGGACCAUUGCAUAAAUUCAAUCCAAGUGGUGGAAAUCCUGGUUAUUGGCAAGAAGGUUUUUUAACAUUACAAAAAGCAAUUGAUGUUGCCAUUCAACAAUAUUUAUCAAAUACAACCAAUAAUUCUAUCUUAAUGCUUCAACGCUUCCCUUAUCCAUCUUAUAAAAAUGUUAUCAUUGAACUUGGCGUCUACUUCUUAUCAACUGUUGUUGUAUUUUCCUUCCUAAUUAAUGUUGUUUAUAUUACACGAACAAUUGUAACUGAGAAAGAAACUCAAAUGAAGUCUUAUAUGAAAGUAAUGGGCUUAUCACAAUGGAUUCUAUGGCUUUCCCAUUUUAUAAGUAAUCUUAUCAAAUUAUCAAUAAAUGUGAUUAUCUUAUCUGCACUUUACUACGUUGUUACACCAAAAAGUGAUCCUACCAUAGCAUUUGUCCUAUUUAUGCUUUACGCUUUUAACGUAAUAUACGUGGCAUUCGCUGCUUCAGCUUUUCUUCAUUCCGGUGCUGCUGCAAUGCAAAUUAUACCAUUUAUAUGGGUUGUAUUGUAUGGAUGGCAUUUACUCUUUAAUGUUAAAGAUUUAAUUUCACCUUUCUCACCUUCUAUUCGUUUACUAAAUGCAUUAAAUCCAGAUAUUGCUCUUACCUAUGCAUUAGGUUUUAUGUGUCAACAUGAAACACUCGGUUCGGGAGCAUCAUGGUCUCAGUUAUUUGUCAAUCCAACACCAGAUGAACCUCUAACAUUAGGCCAUUUCCUUUUGAUGCUUAUCAUUGAUGCUACUAUCUUUGCUAUCAUAACUUGGUAUGUUGAAGCGGUAAAUCCUGGUUUUGAUGGAGUACCACAGAAACCGUAUUUCUUCUUGCAACGAUCUUAUUGGUUCGGUAAGAAUAAAAUUGAAAAUUUGAAUACAAAUAUUCAAACUAACUUCAAUGAUUCACCAAACGUUGAUUCAUCAUUUAUUGAAAUUGCACCAAAAACUUUGCGUGCUGCUGUGGAAAUUAUCGAUUUGUGCAAAACUUAUGAAAAACCAUUUUUACAUCGAUUACUUUAUUGUAAUUUUACAAGAAAGAAAACAAAAGCUGUGAAUCAUUUGUAUACAAAAAUUUAUUCUGGCCAAAUAACAGUUUUACUAGGACAAAAUGGUGCCGGUAAAAGUACUAUAUUUUCAAUUCUUACAGGUGUACGACAGCCAAGUAGUGGUACAGCUUAUAUUGAAGGCUAUGAUAUUCGCAAAGAACUAUCAGAAAUUCAAACUCGACUUGGAUUUUGUCCACAAUAUAAUAUUAUUUUUGAUUGUUUAACAGUUAUGGAACAUUUGCAAUUCUUUUGCAAGUUGAAAGGACGUUGUUGGCAAAUGAAAGAAGCAAAUGACAUUUUGAAAAGACUAAAGAUUGAUCAUAAAGCAAAUGUUUAUGGACAUUAUCUAUCUGGUGGCCAAAAGCGCAAAUUGUCAUUGGCAAUUGCGCUUAUUGGUUGUUCUGAGGUUAUCUUGUUAGAUGAGCCAACUUCCGGAAUGGAUCCGGAUUCACGCCGUGAAACUUGGUCAUUACUUCAGGAUGAAAAAAAAAGGCGUACAAUACUACUUACAACACAUUAUAUGGAUGAAGCGGAUAUUUUAGGUGAUCGAAUAAUAAUAAUUGCUUAUGGUGAAUUACAAUGCAUUGGUUCAGGAUUAUUUUUAAAAAAAAAAUUUGCUGGUGAAUAUCGAUUAACAAUAUUAUACAAUGAAAAUAAAAAAGUCGAUGAACAUGCUAAAAUAGUUUUGAAAACAUUAGCAUUACUUCGAGAAUUUAUUCCCGAUGUAAUCAUUCAUUCAUCAAAUGGUUUUGAAGUGACAUUUUUGUUGCCAGCAGAUCAACGAUAUAUCUUUCCAAAUUUAUUUCAACAAUUAGAAGAAAAUACAAAUUUACUUGAAAUUAGUACAUUUGGUGUAUCGGUGGCUACAAUGGAAGAAGUUUUUUUGAGGGUAUGUCAACGUGCUGCUGAAAAAUUGCUAUCUGUACAAGACAGCGAUAUUCCGGAAGAUAAAAAACAUCAGUUUGAUGUUUCCGAGCUCAAAUAUGAAACUCAUUUACAAGGUUAUUCAUAUUAUCGACAACAUUUUCGCGCAAUGUUUCACAAACGUUUUGCAUAUUUCUUCCGGAAACGAACAUUUUUCCUACUUGAAUUAUUGUUUCCCGCUAUUUGUAUGUUACUUAUCAUGGAGGCCUGUAUGAUGAUACCAGUACCAAAAGAGCAACCUAAGCUUCCCAUUAAUUUUCAACCAUAUUAUAGUGGCGCCACUGACGCUAACAUAAACGUUAGAAAUAUAAAAGCAGCAUAUUUUCAACGAAAUCUUUCCGAAGUAAUACAAGAAGCAGCCACUCUAAAUGUUAUGCAUAAAUAUCCGUUUCAAUUAACUAUCACUGAUGAUAUCAACAAAGAAUUGAUUGAAAGUUUGGAUCAACAAAAAGAUCGUGGCUUUGGCUUACAUAAUCCAGUUGCAUAUAAUUAUUAUAACAAUUUAUUUGCUCACGAUUGGCUCAUCGCAAUGUUUAAUAAUUAUGCAUUACAUUCUCCGCCAUUAGCAGUUAAUCUCGCUGAUAUAGCAAUUAUAAGUAAAAGUAUUCAACGUAAUAUCUCCAUACAGGUCAGCAAUCAUCCAUUACCUCCAGCAGCUACAGAUACACUCAAAAGUCAAGAUGUCAUCAAUCAAGCAGCGUUGACAAUUGGUUUUGCAGCUAUUAUGUCACUAAGCGCCGUGGUUGCAAGUUUUAUUAACUUUAUCAUUUAUGAGAGAACCACGAAAUCCAAGCAUAUGCAGAUAAUGUAUGGAUUACGACAUUGGACAUAUUGGUUGACAGCAUUUCUAUGGGAUAUCACAGUUUUUCUCAUACCUGCAACACUUUGCAUUGCUGUCUUUUUUAUAGCUGAUAUAAAAGAAUUUACAACUCGCAGUACGGUGACACUAACAGUAUAUGUGAUUAUGUUACUAUAUGCCUGGGCUGAAUUACCAUUUAUUUAUUUGUGUUCAACGAUGUUCAAAUCACCAACAAAUGGCAAUGCUACCAUAUGUGUUUAUAAUUUUGUCACAGGUAUGAUCGGUGCAGUUGCUGUUUCGAUUGUUGAAAAAGCAAGUAGCAAAGAUACGGCGAAUACACUUUCAAUCAUUUUGUCAUUAUUAUUUCCCACUUAUAAUUUAAGUCUAUGCUUUUCGAAAGCUUACACAAACGAGCAUACGCAUGCAGCAUGCAAAAUAGUGGAUUGUUCAAUUGAUGAAAUUCGUAAGAUUGCAAAGGAAUGUUGUGGUAAUAGCGAUGAACGACUUUAUGUUGAUAAUAUGUUGAUAAGUACGGGUAAAAUGGGAAUGGCAUUAAUGAUUGUUUUUUUAAUUCUUCAUUCAAUCAUUUUUUGGCUUGCCAUUGCUGCAUCUGAAAUUAAUUUUAUUGCAAUUAUUAAACGAUUGUUGUUGAACAGAGAUGGUAAAAUAAGUAUUACUAAUAAGGUUAGUGGUUAA